GGCGGAGGCCGGGGGGUGGGCGCUGGGUGCCGUGCCCUGUGCCGAACGGGUCCCGCCGCCCAGCUCCGGUGUCCCGUAGGCGGCCGGUGGAGGCGGCAGCAUGUCGGUGGCGGGGCUCAAGAAGCAGUUCUACAAGGCCAGCCAGCUGGUCAGCGAGAAAGUUGGAGGGGCUGAAGGGACCAAACUUGACGAUGACUUCAAGGAAAUGGAAAAGAAAGUGGACCUGACCAGCAAGGCAGUUACAGAAGUACUGACCAGAACAAUAGAGUACCUCCAGCCAAACCCAGCUUCCAGAGCCAAGCUAACCAUGCUGAACACGAUGUCGAAGAUCCGCGGGCAGGUGAAGAACCCCGGCUACCCGCAGUCGGAAGGGCUGCUGGGGGAGAGCAUGAUCCGAUACGGCAAGGAGCUGGGCGAGGACUCCAACUUCGGCGAUGCGCUUCUCGAUGCCGGUGAAUCUAUGAAGCGACUGGCUGAAGUGAAGGACUCGCUGGACAUUGAAGUCAAACAAAAUUUUAUUGACCCCCUCCAGAACCUGUGUGACAAAGACCUGAAAGAGAUCCAGCACCAUCUCAAGAAGCUGGAAGGCAGGCGCUUGGACUUUGACUACAAGAAGAAACGACAGGGAAAAAUCCCUGAUGAGGAACUCCGACAGGCCAUGGAGAAAUUUGAGGAGUCCAAGGAAGUGGCCGAGACCAGUAUGCACAACCUCCUAGAAACCGACAUCGAGCAGGUGAGCCAGCUCUCAGCCCUGGUGGAUGCCCAGCUGGACUACCACAGGCAGGCAGUGCAGAUCCUGGACGAGCUUGCAGAAAAACUCAAACGCAGAAUGAGGGAGGCCUCCUCGCGUCCCCGGCGGGAAUACAAGCCCAAGCCCAGGGAGACGUAUGACUUUGGAGAGACUGACCAAUCUAACGGGGGCUUCUCUUGCAAUCCUCCCCCUAAAGUCUCAGCUUCCUCCUCUUUCCGAUCCGACAAGCCGUCCCGGGCCUCCGUCAGGAGUAUCCCUCACCUGGACCAGCCGUGCUGCAAGGCGCUCUACGACUUCGAACCCGAGAACGACGGCGAGCUGGGCUUCAAGGAGGGCGACAUCAUCACCCUCACCAACCAGAUCGACGAGAACUGGUACGAGGGCAUGAUCAACGGCCAGUCGGGCUUCUUCCCGCUCAACUACGUGGAAGUGCUGGUUCCGCUACCUCAGUGAAACGGCAUCUCUCCCCCACCCCGGCCCCGCGCCGCGCUCGCGCCCUCUCCGCGGCGGCGCGGGGCCGAGCCUGCAUUCCACGUCUGUCCCGACACCAGCCCCUCUCCGGCGGGGCGGGGGGAGAAGACGCGGCCGAGUUUGCCACCAGGGAACAAGCCAGAAGGGUCGGAUGGCCCCCACCCCGGAGAAUUUGGUUGGUGUUUUUGGUUUUUUUUUUUUAGUUUGUUUGUUUUUUUGGUCCUUCUGGUGCUUGAACUUAGGUACUUUAUGAGCCCCGCCAGGUUCCUCGCGGUCUGUACAUUUAAGCUGGCCUCUCCUUGUCCAGUUUCUGUCUUUGCUUUGGUCAAGUGUCCGUACAAACCGGGGCAGCCGUGCCGGAGAGCUGGGGCACGCGUCCUUCAUGUCCUUCAGCGCAGGGAGACGGGGCCGGGCAAGCGGUGGUGGGGGCAAAGCAGGGCUGAGCCUCGAGAAGGGGCAAGAGCUUUGCCCCCUUCCUGCCCCGGCGCGGGCAGCUGCUGCCGAACACUACCCCUCUCCCCGCGGACACACGGCCACCCUCGCAGCUCCGCGCCCUCCUCUGCACCGCUGCGGGAGCUCAGCGGAGGCAGCGCAGGGCAGAGCAACACUACAACACAGGCCCAACACUAAACCAGC